GUAAAUUGUACUUCCUCCCACAGUCUGAUAAAAAACCAAGAAUAAAAAAUAAGCAUAAGAUGUCCAGCAGUCGUAUCUGUAUGCGGACGACUGUCUUUGGUCUGCCACGCUUGGUUCCAGUGUGGAAAUACCGGGUUGGUGGUCCAUUGACCCGUCUGGUGUCUAGCUCAGUUACAUUCACCGCAAUUGAUAAAUCCCCGAGCACUCCAGCAUCCGAAAAUAAACCACACUUGUCGGGAAAAUUAAGAGUCCCCUUGUUGAAGAGUCCAUCACACCUCGGUCAUUUCACCAGCAGGGUGAAUCGACUAUAUAAUGAGGACAAGUACAGUGCCAAUGUCUUGUCGUUGAAGAAGACAGGGAAGAGCAAGACGGCUGGAAGUUCCGGCAACACGAAAAAAAGCAACCCUGAAGUGGAUGCACAUGCCACUGUAUUCAAUUUCAGCAUAUUUGACGGUCAUGGUGGUGAACAAUGUCUGACAUUUUUAAAGGAAAAUUUGGCACAAGCCAUUGAAGAUUCAGAUCAACUCUGUGGGAAAUCUGAUAAGGAAAGAAAUGAAUUGGUGAAGAAAUAUUGGAAAAAUAUUGGUGGAUAUUGGAAAAGAUGGUACAAGCAUCGUAAGGAUAACUUUGCCAAGAUGAUGGAUCAUGAUCGGAAUCAAAUCAAACUUCAAGAGUUCCCCAAUCUUCGAGAUGAUCUCUCGGUGAGGUUACCCAUGAGUUUUUUAAAGUUAGAUUAUGAUUUUUUCGAACUGGAGGAUAACAAGUCUGGAUCCACUGCCACUCUGGCCUUCAUUGAGACCAUUUAUUCUGAACCAGAGCUUCAUCUGAAUGUUUUCGAAAACUAUUAUUUCAACCGGAAAUCCAUUCUGAAGUUGACGGUGGCUCAAGUUGGAGACACAAGAGCCAUUAUAGUUGAUAAAAAUGGUGAAGCACAGGCGCUUACUGCGACCCAUCACCCUUCGAACCCAGAAGAAGCGGCUCGAUUGAGGAAAUAUGCCGCCAAUUUCUUUAUGACCGACUCGUUUGGAGAAGAACGGUUUAUAUCUUUGGCAAAUACUAGAUCUUUUGGAGAUUUGAAUUUCAAAGAAGUUGGUGUUACAUCUGAGCCUGAAUUGGCUCAAUUUAUCAUUGGAGAUGAACAAACCAUUCUGAAGAAAUUGACUGAUGACGAAAUCGCCAAGUACACUAUUGGUGGGUUAGGAGGUGAUGAAGCGUUUUUGGUGUUGAUGUCGGAUGGAGUGACCAACGUGAUCACAGACCAAGAAGUGGCUGACAUUGUGAUGGUGAAUGUGAACAUGAAGGGACUGCCCAAGGCCACGCCUCAAUUGUGUGCCGAAGAGGUUGUCAAGUUUGUUGAGUACAUUGGAGGCGAUGAUAAUGCGACAUGUUUAGUGGUGAGAUUGAAUGGAUGGGGCAAAUGGCCACUGAUGGAUAGAACUGGAGAAUUGCGUCAAGAAAGGAUGAAUGAUUACAAUCCUAGAGGAGUAGAUGUUGGGGCAUGAUUAAGGAGAAACUUCAAAAAUUUCAGAGAGAGAGAGAGAGAAAAGACUUACAUACGCAUACUAGGCAGGCACCCGAUUAAGAAAAGUGAAGAGUGAAUGGAGGAGCAUCUCAAAUAUAAGCUUCCAUGAGAAGGGUGCCAUUACCCUACGAAGUCAGUGAGACGAUCAACUGGCCCUCUACUCGGGGAGAGCCACUGCGUGGUGUUUGGCCCCUCUUCGAGAAGUACAAGAAUCUUCUCGCCAGAGGAGCGUGCCCUCCACGGCUAAUGGCCCAUGGAGUGUCAGUGGAAUGGCUUGCAGCCAUACAGGGAUUACCUGGUCAAUCACCUAGUCUCUGCACACUUCUUCUACACCUC